CUUCUCCCUCCCCUCUAUUUUCCUUCCUUCUCAUCACUCUCCUCUUCACAGUUCUCAUCCGCUCUCAUCAUCCUUCUCAUCAUCCUUCUCAUGACCCUUCUCUUCGCUCUUCUCUUAACCCAUCUGUCUCCCUUCCCUCUUCUCACCCUUCCACAUUUAUUCCCACCGUCUCAGGUUCACUAAGCCUAAGAAAUACUUAUAGACUUUUAGUCUGUGAUCAGACUUGAUUCACUUCUAGACCAGGUCUCAUUCUUUUAGCUUCUCCCAACCUUGCCUCACCCCUACCUUUGAUCCCUCAUCAUGCUAUGCUGCUACCACAUCACUGUUCAGCGCGGAGAGAACUUGCUGGAACAGUUGGACUGUAUAUUCGAUAUUGAAUCACCCAAAAUUCUUACGUUCGAUGAGAUCUAUCUGCUGCUAUCCGAGAUCGAUGACUUGGAGCAGGACAUCCGCGCCCGACAUUGGAUUGAGGAAAGAGACGCUGAAGAUGACGAGAGCUAUCAUUCCAACGACGACUCGGACAUCUCCAUUAUUGGCGACGACAAGACCGAUCUCCCGGACCUAGAAGACGAUGCACACAGUGAGGAAGAACGAGGGAUUCCGGGAAGGGCGAGUGGCUCAGGAAGAACCGUCGAAAUCGGAGAAGCACAACAGGGAGAUCAAUGCCAGAGUGUCGAACUUGAUGACUGGCACAGUGAAGACGCACCCGAGCAAAACAAUCAACAACGCGUCGCAGACAAUAGUCAUGAACCCAAAGAAAGUGCAGCGCAAGAAGCCUCGGAAGCGGGUGCUGACUCUGAGGCAAGCACUCCCCAAGCCGACUCAGAAGAUGACCAUGACUCGAUCGGUAUCAUGAAGCACGAAUACUGCGAAAAAGAGCCAUGCACGGAGUGUUCCAUCCUCCUCAAGCUUGAAAAUCACCGCCUGGCCUUACGAACUCGAGCGAUGGAACUUUCACGGCCGUCGAUGCGACCUCUUACUAUACUUGAUCUCCCUGACGACUUGCUCCUUCAGAUAUUUGAGUUCUUUCAAGACUUUAGGGUGAACAAAAACCGGAUAAUUUGGUGGACUCAGGAUAUACCGGGCUAUAUCGGUCGGAAUUUGCAUCCAGUCCAGGCCCAGAUAUACCGCAAAACAAUAUCGGACAUCCGCCUUGUUUGUCAUGUGUUCAAUGAUCUAGCCUCACCGCUACUGUGCCCGAUCCUAUUUGUCAAUCUAGACCAGGAGUCCCUUGAUAGAGCUGUCCAUCUGUCGCGAUGUCCACACGUGGCCAAAGGGAUUCUGGGCAUCAAAGUCGGUCUCGCCUUCCGGGUCAAAGAUCAUGAGACAGAUUGUGAAUCGUUUGCAAGACAUCAUCACAGUAUACUGGCAAGCGAACUCGAAGUCUGGAAGAUGGAGGUGAAACAGUCGGAAUCUUCACAAUCUUCCCACAACCAGGACGCACAGCACCUGGUACCCUCUACCGCACUCGGACUUGUCGAGGCUAACUUCUACCACAUGUCACUCGCGAUGAAGCCUUACAUAUUCACCAAGAAGAACGACGGAAUCAUAAUUGAUAAAUCACUUGUCGGACAGCUACGCGCUACGUUUCGCCAAGCGCAGAAGGAGAACAUCAGAAAACGUUCCCUUCAAGUGCAGCUCGUCAGGUCAGGGUCAUUUGUCGCCUCCUUAGCUGCGUGCUUUGCUCGAAUGCCAAGAGCAGAGUCCGUGGGGUUUUGCGACGCAGCGGAGUCACCACUUCCUCACCGGUAUGCUUUGUUGGACCGUUAUCGAUUCCUGGAGGCUCUAUGCCAUCCUCUGAGAUGGGAUGAGAUCAAGAUUCAUCUUUGCAACCCUCUGGUUCCCGACAAGAUCCUCUUCGAACUACCAAUCGCGAUUCAGAGGGCUGGCAAGAUGAUUCGUAACUUACAUGUUGGCUGCUUUCCGUCCGGAGACAGAUUUGCUAUGAUGCCGGUUCAGGGUCCCAUAUCUAGAUUCUCGGAUCAGAGGUUGUGGGCUGACAUACGAACGACAUUCCAGAACCUCCAAGUAGUUACCUUGAAUCAACCCAUGGAUGUCGACGAGGAUAUGAGCGUGCCACCAUCACCGCCGGCGGCCAACACGACGUCUCACUUCAAGGAAUAUCUCAAGGCAAUGUUCUUGGGGUCUGAACUUGAACAAGUCUUUGUCUCCUUAAAUGGGGAUGGAGAGGUUCCAGGUCGAUUCGAAGGGGAUGAGCUGAGUGUGAGCCCGCUUCUGGAAGGAAUCCAGUGGCAGCACCUUAAAGUUUUCCAAAUGACGAAUACCUCGCUGACUGAAAACGAGCUUGCGCAGUGGUGCAACGCCCUUGGACCCCAUUUGGAGGGACUAUUUCUACUCCGAAUCGUGCUUAUAGACGGGUGGUGGGCGCCUAUUCUUGAUAUUCUCCGCAAUAAGGUGACUGAAUCUCGGGAAUAUCAUAGAAAGAAGCCACACGUACAUAUACAUGACCUCCAAGGGGCGGAGAUGGGGUUCGCGGACAUUCCAAUGUGGGACGAGGAAGUAGCAAACGAUGAAGACCUGGAGCUUCGGGCUUACCACUACGUGACCGGGUGGGCAUAUUUGAAGGGGGAGAAUCCUCGCCGCAAAGUGUUGAACAAAGCCCUGUAGUUUCUGGUCAUAUCCCAGAACUCAAUCGGGCGCUUGCAUGGGUGUUUGGUAUGCUAGUGCUACGAGGUGUCAAGGGAUCUACUGCAGCAUUGAUUGCCAUGAAUCCUGUGUGUUUUCAGUCUCUCUUUCGGUUAUGCCUGUUGCUGUUUCUGCACCGAUCUGUAUUCAAACAUGUUCUUUUCUGAUUUCCUCAUGUCUGAGUAUUCGCCUCUGUCCAGAUAUUGCUAGCAAAUGCCUGGACUUGUUCUUCAUGUUAUUACAACAUCACCGAUUUCUAUCAGCAAUGGCAAGUUGAUUCGCUCUAACAUUUGAUGGCAUUGACUGGGUGACCAACGAUAUACAUUGUGCAUAUCAAAGCAGCUUUCUUGCGUUCUAUGUCCUUCUAUCCCAAUCGCGUCCCGUCGGGGCUCGUCCGACCGCUGCCUCCCUUCCCUGGCUAC